ACUUCAUGAAAGUGGCUAUAUUUUAAGCGCCUUUGAAAUGAGGAAAAUGUGGGACUGCAGGACGGUCAUUGCAGAGAUAAGAGAAGCAUUCAAGGACAGAAUUCCUGUGGAUGUCAGUAUUGAACUUUUGAUGGCCUGUGGAAACAAACUGGUUUCCCCAAAGUUGCGUGAAGGCCAGGAACUGAAUGCCUUUAUGAUUCACAAGGUAUUCAAAUCAAAGGCGGUGUACAUUAGGCCAUCAAGCAAUCUUCCAUUUCCGUUUGACAGCACAGAUUCAGAGGACAGUUGUGUGGAGGUUGACACUACAUCAGCUUCUAGUGACCACAGAACUACCACUGCCAGUGAGACCAGUAACUGUAUGACUACAAGGGCCAGGGGAAACCAAAUUGCAUCAACACAGCAGAUUUCUAGUUAUCCUUGCACAAGAAGGGCCAGAGCUAACCAGCCCUCUGCAACGCAGCAAGCGACCAGUGAUACCAUGGCCAGAGCUAACCAGCCCUCUGCAACGCAGCAAGCGACCAGUGAUACCAUGGCCAGAGCUAACCAGCCCUCUGCAACGCAGCAAGCGACCAGUGUCAUUGACUUAGAUAGUGUUGCCACAGUGAACCAGACUCCAUCAGCUAGCAAUGACGACUAUGCUGCCUACCUUUCGAUCAUGGGUUCCAUCUCCGACCUUUCUUCUGAUGAUGACGACGAAUUAAACCAGGCUAUAAUGGCCAGUCUUGAGAGUCAUGCGUAAGUGACUGGUUGAUAUGACAU